UUACAUUUCACCAUACAGAAAUCUAAAAAGACAAGAGAUAUGAUUCUUCCUACUUCUCUAUGGGCCGCCGCUGGCAUGUUCAUCCAGCUCGCAGCCGCUGUUGACCUUCAGCCUAUGCCUCAGCCCACAGGUUGCCCGCUGCCUGAACCUUGGGAGUUCACCGACUUCAAAUGGUACAACGGCUCGCAUGGCGUCGACUGCACGUCGAACCAUGGCAACCAGGGCACCAUGGGAUGCCUCUGCGGUGGCGAGGGCAACUGGUGUGAGCCACCUCCAGCACCAUGCAAUGGCUCCGUCGUCAAUGUCUGCUCUACGGGUCUCAGCAGCUCCAAUUACAAGCCUCCUUGGGGCUUCGGACCGUGGGAGUAUCUUACUGUGACAUUACCCGGCGACAAUGUAUGCUACGACAAAUAUAUGGGCUACCGCACCCAUGAGAUUGGCAAGGGCUACUUGUGUACCAACCUUGGCCCUCCCCACGUCAGCUUCGUGGGACGAUCAGACUUGGAGAGCUCCCAGGCCAACUUUAGCUAUGGCAUUGACAACUAUGCGUCGCUCAAGUGCGAUGAUGGCAAGAAGAUUGCCUAUCGUGGCCACAAAAUCAUCGACCUUGACUGCGACAUUGACGAGUUCAAGAACUCGACUUGCACUACAGAUGACUUUAUUGUGCCUAUUACGCAUUGGUACUAUAACUAGGAAAGUGCGUCGGAUAUGGGUUGGCAAUACGAUCAAAAGCAACUAGGGUAGACAGGUGUUGUUCGUGGCAAAUAGGGCGCGGCUUGGCCUGAUUCAAGUAGCGAUAUUAGUUUUACACCUAAUGCAAGGAUCAUGGGCGACACACAUACACACACACACAUAUAUAUAUAUAUAUAUAUAUAUAUAAUAUUUGUAUUAUAUGCUAUUACAUUCAAAUUCAAAUUCAAAUACGUCAACUUGGACUCAUAAAAGUCGCACCAGAGUACACAGGCGGUCCUGUACAACCCCCCGCAAUUCUGCCAACGCAGCCACACCAGCUUGAACGGGCACCAGUAUCCCCGUGCAAUAUCCAUUUUUCCAGCCGAGCGCCUAUACAACGUGACAGAAUUGGUACUUCUGGGCAAAGAGAUGUUGCCUAUCUAGCAGAGGGCUGUAGGAGGCCUGGACUGGGCUGCUGUAAACCCGACAAACGUUUGUGCAGUUCUUACAAUAGUUGAGAAUACACUUAGAGCCAAAAGUUUCCUCGACUUGUCCAAAGUCAAAUAGUUACCAUGUUUGGGCGUUUGACUGAUUAAAACUAACAAACAAUAUUAAUGUAGUAAAUGGAUAAUUAAUACUAAUUUGGUAAAUUUAUGUUCGGUAGUUGGUUAGUUGGUUGAAGUGCGCUAGUUGUCCUCUGUUACACUAAACUUUGUACCAAUUCGUUUUUUACCAACAGCUUUUUCGAUGCCUUGUACCCAUCAAGAUCAAGACGAGAAUGAAUUAUUUUGAAUGCACCAAUGUCACCGUCAUACAAUAUACUACCCUUAGCUUUUCCGUGAUGUGACCUCUAAACUCCGUCGCAAAGUCCGCUACAGGUUAAUUUGACUCGUACAAAUAGGAUGCUACGGAGAUUUCAAAUGGAGAAAGUGGAAGAAAUAUUCCCAAGCUUUGAAAUACGAAACGGUAACCACUUUUUUUUUACUUUAUC